AUGCCCCGACAACUCAAGAUUACCGUAGAUUACAACGUGUGCGUGGGCAACGCCAUGUGCGAGACCUUUGCGCCCAACACCUUCGGCCUCAACGACGACCGCCAAUCCUACGUCAAAGACGCGGCUGGCGACCCGGAAGACACCAUCCUCCUAGCCGCCGAGAACUGUCCCGUAACGGCGAUCACCGUGGAAGACGCGGAAACCGGCGAGAUACUGUUCCCGUAA